AUGGCUUUGGCAAUGCAUACUACGUUAACAGUUUCAUGUGAAGCAUCACAAGAACAAUCAGGACCAACACUAGUUCAUAGUACGGGUGUUCAAAGUUAUCGUGUUCAACCGGAAAUUAUACGAAUUUUACAAGAAUCAUGUUCAAAUGAAAAAUUAUGUGAUCAUGAACAAGGUGUUCAAUGCACUGAUCCGCCAGCACAUAUUGUUGACGCAUUUAAAAGAGCUGGUUUUAGUGUAACAAGUCAAUCAACAUCUGGUAAUCGUAAAUUAUGGAUGUUAACAAAGACAGGUGACAGUAAUUCUAAACAACCAACACACAAAGAUGAAGAAGAAGAAGAAAAAGAAGAAGAAGAGAAAGACGAAGAAGAACAAUAA